UUUGAGUGUCACCGGAGGAUCUGCGACUUCUGAAUUCUCGCCGGCGUAAAAAGAAGUUGAAGGAAAGCUUCUAUUUGAGAACGGCGUACACUCCUACAUUGCAAACACAAAACGGCACAUCAAUGGAAGCUGAAGAUGACCACCCCCGCAACAAGGACCUCUUCUUCGAUGUUCAUCAUCAAUCUCUUUCAUCCACUGAAGCUGCUUAUAGUCCCAAUGCCAAGACGAAAGUUGAAAGCGGUUUUGGUCUCUUCUGCGUUAUGAGAAAGAGAGCUCGUGGUGAUGAUGAUGAUGACAUGUCUUCUUCGGAUUUCGAUUACGCAGAGAAAGGUGAUGACUUUUUCUGCAGUGACAGUGACACAGACCUGUCUGAAUGUUCAGAGUUUGAUGUUAUAUCACAUCAUGUUGUACAAGACAAGGGUUUGAUUGGGUCUGAGUCUCUGUCCACAUGCAAGUCUCCUUGCCUUAGUGAGGAUCAUAAGAUUGGCCUUGGAAUCUCUUCGUUGCCUUUAACGAAAACCCUUGAAGGACCUGGUAGGCAGUGGUCAGUGUGUGGCUCUGUAACCGCAGUCAGAAACAUACCUCUAGUGGGAGGUGCGUGUAGUUCCUUGGGUGAACAGUUAGAUGUGAAUGUAAGUAGCUUUGAAGGCAUGGAUGCAGAAGCUGAUGGUGAAGAUGAGAUGUCCUUUUCUGACAUUGAUGCUAUGGUACGCAGAUUGAAUCUGAUCCCUGAUGAUUCAGAUUCGUGCUUAGAUAUGGAAGAACGGAACAUGUCUAAGCAUCCAAGGCAUACAUUACUUGGACUGGAACACUGCUCAGUGACUUCAGUUCCGAGAGGAAUUAUAUCUCAAGGGGCUUUAGCUGUCCUGCAUGGUCGUGAUUUUAAGCAUUUUAUUAGGAAACAAGAGGUAAUUAUUGGGAGGUCAUCUGAUGGCAUGAAUGUUGACAUUGACUUGGGUAAAUAUGGUUAUGGGAGCAAGGUAUCUCGGCGUCAGGCACUGGUGAAGCUAGAGAAGAACGGAACAUUCUCCUUAAAGAACCUUGGAAAGCGACAUAUCAUUGUAAAUGGGGAGAAGCUCAGUACAGGACAGAUUGCAUCCCUUACAUCACGUAGCUCAGUCGACAUUAAAGGAGAAGUCUUUGUGUUCAUGAUUAACAAAGAAGCAGUGAGACAGUUCUUGAAGAACAACACACGGAGAAACAGCAAGGACGACACCAAAUUCAGAUGGUGCGAAUAGAUUAUUGUUAGUACCUUUUGCUCUGCAUAGUCUUGAGUGAUCCCUUUAAUCACAUGUGAACAUUUUGGUCUUCUUUGGUAGAUUUUGUAAGUUAGUUAGAGCAAAUGAUUUGGAGCCUUUGCUUGCAACAGCUGCAAUCACUACUCAAAUUACUUAAUGUACAUAUAACAUAUUGACAAUUUAUGGUCAAAUGGGUACGUCGUGGUUAGAGGACAACUUGAAGAAAAGAAAAACAAAUCCUUAACUGAAUUUUGUCUAUAUAUGACUUGUGAAUUG